AUAAUCUAAUCACCAUUAACAUUGUGAGUUAGUCUGCGACUUAGUUAGUCAUUCUGUCAAUUGUUACUGACUAGCGGACUAGGACAAUAUCGAUAUGUCUCUGCACAAGAAUUUCUGUUUUAAAUAUUUCAUCAUCAUUAUCAUCAUUAUAAUUAUCGUCAUCAAUCAAGCAUAUGCCAUUGAUUACACACUUUAUCGGAAUGAUUCAGUUCCAUCCCUAGAAUCCGUGGCCUCCAAGAUCCCACCACUGGAGAACCUUCUUCAUGCCCUGAUAGCGGCUCCAUCAACAAGCUCUCUGCAACAGAAAACCGAGAAGCUGCUGGAGUACGCUGGACUAGUGCGCUUGAAAUUGUUAUCCAAACUGGGGUUUGAGGUUUACAACAACGAUGAGCUUAACCUUCCGGAGGUUACAGCCUUAAAUGACAUCUACCAACGUACCCUAAAGCGGAAGGAUAACUUGCUAUUGAUCCUGCCAUUUAAAAAUAUCACAGUCCAGCAGUUCUGUUCCCUGGUUGAUGAAUCUUCGAGUGGUAAAACCUGCAACAAAAUCAUCCAAGAAAUUCCUUUGACCUUCCCGCCAGCUCCAACUCCAGCUCCAGCUUCAGCAUCAGUCAACCUGAGUUUAAACUCGAUUCUGACUGACCUGAAGAGCCACAAGCUGGAACUGACAAGCCAAUUAUUUUUAGGGCUGCUCCUUCAUGUGCCGUUCAACAACUACGACGCUCGUACCCACAAUUCUAUGAGACACCUGAUCUUCUCUUUGCUCCAGGAUUCAGAUCUUAAAUUUAAAACUAGUGUAGAGCACAGGAACUAUCACAGAAUAACCGACCUGGUCCAUGAUAUUUUGACCAGUGGAGUUUUCUUCAAAGCAACUCCUCACGCUCAAUACUUAUCCGAGCAGUUAGAAGAGAUAAUCCCCUUGAACUCAAAUAUCGAAGCGCUGAGUGCUAUUCUUGAGGAUAACAAGAUCAACCUAAAGUUCCUGCUUGACACGGUUUUGCCAAACGACACCCUGGACGGGGAUCUGAUUGACGCAAAAAAUUACCUUUAUCACAAAUUGAGAAAUAUAAAAGACUGGGAUAUAAACGAGCUGGUUGGAGCUGAAAAAUACGAGUACCUAAAGCAGGACCAGCUAUUGAUUGGACUUCUGGACAAACUCAUAGACUUGGACUUUAUUAAAGAUAUUGCUAGUGCUUUGAAGGUCAACGCUUAUUUCUGGCACAAGAGCCACAUGAUUGAAAACUUGAAUGACUUAUUGGAUCUCUUUGACAACUACAACAAUUUGAGAGGAGUAACCACCUAUCGUGAACUUAUUAAGACGAUCAGUAGGAUAAAAGAUAAUCUGAUUAAUAGCAAAAACAUUACCAUUGAAUUGUUGUGCACCAGGCCUAGAGCUUGUCUUAAACAAGGACUGAUUAAGGUUCGGCAGUGUCGGGGAAUUAAUCCGGAGACAAAGAGCUUGAUUGACAAUUUUUUUGAGCAAACCAAAGAUUGCUCAGAAUGUAUUACUGAAAAGUGUAACCAAGAUAAUACAGUCGUACCUGCUGAAUUAGAUUCAGAACCUAAUUUAGAGCCGGACUGCGAGGACAGCGAGGAGUGCGAGUCUGACGAGGUUAAAGCUUCCAUGGUUGAAGAUGAUGAAAACCUUAAGAGGCUUAAGAAAGUGAGGGUCGAGGUUGAAGAAAGCGAAGGCUCUACUACGGAAAGUUGGAUAACCACCGAAGGCAGUGUUGAAGAAACUACCGAGCAUAUUGAAGUUGUUAAAGUUAUAACUGAAGCGUCAACAACUGAAGCUAACGAAUUUUCUACCACUGAAGCAACUACAGAAUUUACUACAACUGAACUUACCGAUGAACUUACAACAGAGGCUCCGAAAACAACGAAAACCACAGAACGAUCAACGACUGAGCUUCUUACCACUGUGAAAAUAACGGAACCAACUACAACUGUGAUAAUAACUGAACCUACGGAUGAAAAAUUCACCGAGAAAGUAGAAACAACAACUGAAAAAAAAAUUGAAUGGGUACAAGUUCCUCUGAAGGAAGUGACAUUAAAACCAUCUAUCUCCGUAAACAUGCAAAAAGAGUCGGAGGCCGUAACCUUGGGAACAACAGAGUCAACAGUUCGUGACUCUGUAAAAAUGAUACCCACUCCGAAUGUUAAAGUUAAAAUUGAGACACCUAUACCAACAAUAUUAGUUCCUACGACAGUUGCUCCGCAACCGAAGCGCAAGCGAGUGAUUUGCCACCACCGGGACCUGUACCACAGGAAGAAGCUCAAAAAAUUGAACAAGCUUAACCAGAAGCAAGGUAGCUUAUUGCAUUCUGGUUCCUCCCACGUGAGUUUUGGAGACCUGAAGCUUAAUAAGCUUAAUCUCCAAUCAGAUUCCGAAAAUAUUGAGAAACUGACGACUUUGCGUCCUAUUUUUGAUUCUGGUGAUCAGAAAAUAGUGCUUGAUGAUAAGAAUUUGAAUUUAGGUGACAAAGUUGACCUCCAUGUGCAAGCUCAUUCCGGUGAAUUGGGUCUGUAUUCUGAUUCCGCGUCGGGUAAAGUAGAUUUGCUGUCCCAUUCUGACUUAGAAAAGCUGCAGCUGCAUUCAAACUCAAAGUUUAAUUCCAGUCAAGGUGUAAACUCAGACUCAGGCUCGGACAAAAACAGUCUACAAUCUAAGGCAGAGGUGGGUGAAAAUGUAUCGGGCUCGACGGAUGAUGAUCAUUCCAGCAGUAUCCUGGAGAAGACUUACAAGUUGGCGUCGAAAGGCGCGGAAAAGAUAAAAUCUGGAAUUGAGGGUCUUAACCCUUUUGGUCGAAAGAGCAAGGACUCUAGUCAGCAGGAUGAAAAUAAAAAUAUCAACAUCAAUGCUAGGAGGUCUAGGUUAGGCUCAAAAAUUUUUGAUAGUUCUGAAGAAAUGCCUCGAAAUUCGGACAAGUCAGACAGCUCGGGCAGUGACCAGGACUCAACUGAGCUAGAGGACAAUUAUUUUGAAAAUCGAAAGAAAAAGAAAAAGUCCAAGGAGUUUUCAAAAAUUAAAAAUUCCGAGUCGAGUCAUAAUCACAAGAAAAUGACUAGUUAUUAUAAUGAAGAGGUUAAAGAGGAGAAGGUUAAAAAGCGGAGAUCUAAUUCGGUGAGACGCAGUCAGAGUAGAAAGAGUAGCAAGAGUAGCAGGAGUAGCAGGAGAGCUGAUCAUCAAAAUCAUAAGGGACAUUAUCACUCCAGGAGGAAAAAUGUUGAGGAAAAUUCAGCUGAUGGUGUAAAGAGCCGAAUGUUGGACCUCGACCUGACUAAAUUCAUGAAUUUUGAGGUAAAGAGGGAUGAGAAUGUGAGAAAAAAGGUGCCGACGGCCAAGCGGAGUGUUGAUAAUCAACAAAGGCAGAUCAAGAAGAGACUCCAGGGGAAGAGGUUAGCCAGAGUUUUGAGAGAGACCCCCCACCCCCACCCUCAUCCCCCUUCCCUUUUGACAUCUGAGACCGAAGUAAAGCCUAGGAUAUUAAACAUCGGAGUAGCGUCCAAGUUUGCCAACAUUGAGUUCAAGAGGGAUGAAAAUUAUACUGAGUUUAAAAAGUAAGCUUGGAUUAUAAUUAAAGAUGGAUUGUAAAAUGUU